UUAUGUGCAUCCAAUAAGUAAAUAGCAAAUUGUAGUCAAGUUAAUCAUUUGAAUCUAUCGCCUGCGUAACAACUGCGCUUAAACGAAAGAACUGAAGAUUAAUUCAUUGUAGAAUCUUCUCGAUCAAAGCAAAAACGUUUGUAGAGACCCUAAACAUCUGAUAGCAAUUAUGGACGUCGCUUCCCCUUACAACUAUCAAGCUGUUAAAAAAAUCAUAUGGUAUCCCUCGCUUUUGACGGCACCGAUAGCCUAAUCUACGAACGUCUGUCAUUGUUAUCGUCGCUUGAUGCAAUCUUUCUAAAAACGUAGAUCAACUUCGUGUCAAUCGGAUUUUCUUCUGUUUACCCUCAAACUGUCCCACAGUCAAAAAGUCUUAAAGGCAUUUUCUGUUGAUUGUUUUGGAAACGCAAAAGUGCGAAGUGAAAAUUCGUGAUUAUGCAUCAUCCAUUCCUGUUUUCAGUGUUCUACAUCUUUUUGGUACUUUCACCUGUUGACAGAUCGUUAAUUGUUCAAGCCAGUUGUUGGCAUAAGUCAUGCGAUCGGACAGUCGGAAGAACAGUGACCGAAUCGAAUGAUAUUUCGAAUCUUGACAAUGAUUUCGAAAAUGGUGUAGUUGACCUGUGGAUUGAACAAUCAGAAGCCAGUGCUAAAUGGAAAAUUGAGAACAUAACAUCACCUUGGCAAAUGAAUAAUGCAGCACCUACACCAUUGAAUGGCACAAAUUAUCUUCGUGUCGAUCGUGGAACGUCCUUAUCAUUCAACAUAGCUAUUCUACGCAGCCCACCUUUUAAAAUUCCACCCGGCAAUGAUGACGUGAUCUUCUCCUUCUCUUUUUGGAUCCGUUCCAAAUGGCCACAAUUCACAAAUCUUGAGUUGUAUUUAGCGACAGAGGAAAACGAAAGCCUUCUUCUAAGUUUGCACAAUUAUUCCGAUAUCAACAAUUUAGCAUGGCAAUCUCAAUCGGUUUUGCUAACAGAUUCAUCGUCCACUUUGACGUUGGUCUUUUACGCUUAUUGCGGAUUAGACAUGGAAGAUGCUGUUGCCAUUGAUGAUCUACGAUUUAUCUCGCAAUCUACCACGUCGACUUCAUUACCAUCAUCGACCGAAUCGAUUCGGUCAUCGUCAACCGAAUGGACUCCAUCAUCAUCGUCGACAACAUCGACUCCAUCAUCAUCGUCCACGGAUGUAACUGACUUUGUAACUACAGAAACCAGCAAGGAAACCAAUGUCGUAACAGAUAUAUCCAGCACAAGUACCUCGCUUGAAACAACUAUGGAGCAGGAGGCUCAAACGACAACGACCACUAGCCCUAGCACCUCAGGUUGCCCAAGCUCUUUCGAAAGCAAUACUGGAAUGACUUGUUGGACAUUGGACGGAAAAUGCUAUUGCUUCUCACUGACUACCGCUGGUUUGAGUUGGAUGAAUGCAGAUGCUUUUUGUAAAAGCGGAAACAUGACGCUAAUCAGCCUUGAAACUGAAGAAGAAGACAAACUGAUUUACAAUCACGUUAAAACCAUACCAGAAAUGUCCAAUACCAAUUACUGGAGUUCAGGAAAAUAUUCGAUGGAUGAAGAUAGGUUUUGGGAAUGGGAAUCUACAGAACCCUUCCAGCCCUUCAUGUACACUAAUUGGAGUCCUGGUGAACCUAGUGAAAAUGAAUUUGGAUACUGUGUUUAUCUUGAUUUCAAAAAUGAUUGUAACACUGGUUACUGGAACGAUUUGUUAUGCACCAACCGAAGAUUCAUCUGUGAAUCAAUCAGCUAAGGUCGUAUCCCAUCUGUAUUUGAUCUGUAACUAAUUUAAUUUGUCCAAGAACACUCACUUCAUUGUCCAAAGCUUAAUGUGUUUCCAAAUUGGUUUGUGUACUGGAAUCCUGCUACUCCUGU